AUGCUGUUUGCUCCAUUUGUUGCUAUCAACCAUCAUGGACAGUCUAUACUGUUAGGGGCAGAUUUGAUUUCAAGUGAGGAUACAAGUACUUUUGUGUGGUUUUUUGAAGCAUGGCUAGAGGGCAUGAAUGGAUGGGCACCCAAAGCAAUCAUAACAGACCAAGACCGGGCAAUGGAGAAUGCUAUUGCCAAUGUAUUCCCAAACAAUCGUCAUAGAAAAGACUUAAAGAGGAGAUACACACUAGUGAAGAGUAGCUAUGAUGACUUGAGGAUCAAUGCGGAUGCAGGACGGUAUGACCUUGUGGUUAAAAGAUGUCUAAGAUUGGCAAUGCGUGUAUCCCAUAGUGAUGACCAUGUCAAUGCAUUCUUGCACCAUUUGGAUGAAUUUGAACACAAGUUUGCAGGAUUACAACUUGAGUCUGGUUCAAUCAAGAUGAAAGAGAACAUGGUUGCCGACGAGGGUAAGAAAAUAUUAAGCUCUCACGCAGUUCAGGAGAAAGGGAGGCUGCCAACAAGAAGAAGGGUACCGCCAGUGGAGAAGGCUGCAAUGAAGAGAAAGAAGAGACAUGUAUUAUAUUUUGUUUAA